CUCCUCGUCCCUGUGAAUUGUGCCAUUGCUACAGGAUGGAGAGGGGCAGCCGGUGCCGUCUUAUCUCCGGCAGGAGGUAGCACCAGAGGGCUGGCGCUCUCCCUCGUCUUUAUAAAGGACCUUGUCACCAGUCAGUGUGUCUUGCUCUACCCACAGGGGGAGGGGGAUGAAGGUGAAUCGGGGACCACCUGGCCGGCACAGCCCGGGGAUGAUGAGGACUGUAGUCUUGGUGGUGCUGCUCCUGGUGGGCUACACCUCAGCUCUGGACAGUGCCUUACUGCCAACUAAAAAUUAUGGAAAAGACGAAGCCUCUGCCCAAGAGUUCGCCAGCGACUUCAACAGUACCGCCGAGCAGGUGCUCUUCCAGAGCGUGACAGCCAGCUGGACCUACAACACCAACCUGACGGACUACAACUCCGCGCAGCAGGUCGCAGCUGCUGGUACGGAACAGGAAUUUAUUUCCGCAUGGGGACUAAAAGCCAAGGAACUUUUCAGUGAAACUAACCUUACUGACCCACAGCUAAAAUUAGUAAUAGAAUCUAUCUGGACACUGGGAGUUGCAAACUUGAAUGAAUCAGACCGUAACCUGAUAAACAACAUUCUCAGCCAGAUGAGAGAAAUCUACUCCACAGCAAAGGUCUGUCCGCCUGGGAGCACCACAAACUGCUGGCCUCUAGAACCAGAUCUGACUGAAAUCCUGGCCACUUCAAGGAGCUACAAGAAGCUGCUUUACGCCUGGGAGGGCUGGCACAAUGCGGCUGGAGUGCCUUUACGGGAGAAAUACCAACAGUUUGUGCAACUCAGCAACAAGGCGUAUAUGCUGGAUGGAUUCAAAGACACCGGGGAGUAUUGGCGAUCUUGGUAUACUUCAUCCACUUUUGAGGAUAAUCUAGAGAAGUUGUACCUUCAGCUGGAGCCCCUGUACCUCAACCUUCAUGCCUUUGUGCGCCGAAAACUGUAUGAACGAUAUGGAGCAAAGUACAUUAACCUGAAAGGGCCAAUUCCUGCACAUCUACUGGGCAACAUGUGGUCACAGCAGUGGAAUAAUAUCUAUGAUAUGAUGAUUCCUUUCCCUAACAAGACCAACGUAGAUGUCACUAAUACCAUGAUCGCACAGGGCUGGAACGCAACUCAUAUGUUUAGGGUUUCAGAGGAAUUCUUCACAUCACUUGGUCUCCUUGAGAUGCCCCAGGAGUUCUGGGAUAAGUCCAUGUUAGAAAAGCCAAAUGAUGGCCGGGAGGUGGUGUGCCAUGCAUCUGCAUGGGACUUUAAAAACAGGAAAGAUUUCAGGAUAAAGCAAUGUACCACCGUUACUAUGGAGCAGCUGUUCACUGUCCACCAUGAAAUGGGCCAUGUUGAGUACUAUUUGCAAUACAAAGACCUUCCAGUCUCUUUGCGCAAAGGAGCAAAUCCUGGAUUCCAUGAGGCCAUAGGAGAUGUGCUCUCCCUUUCUGUAUCCACCCCAAGCCACUUGCAGAAAAUUGGACUGUUAGAAAAUGUUGUAGAGGAUGAAGAGAGUGAUAUUAAUUACCUCCUUAAGAUGGCUCUGGAAAAGAUUGCCUUCCUGCCAUUUGGCUACCUGAUUGACCAGUGGAGAUGGAAUGUAUUCAAUGGUCGCACUCCGCCAAAUCGAUAUAACUAUGACUGGUGGAAUCUGAGAACAAAGUAUCAAGGAAUCUGUCCACCAGUGCCCCGGGAUGAAAUACAGUUUGACGCUGGAGCAAAAUAUCACAUCCCGAACAACACCCCCUAUAUAAGAUACUUUGUAAGUUUUGUGCUACAAUUCCAGUUCCACGAGGCACUUUGUGCUGCAGCGAAGCACACUGGCGCUCUCCAUAAAUGUGAUAUUUAUCAGUCUCGUGAAGCAGGCAAGUUACUUGAGGAUGUUCUCCGUGCUGGUGCUUCACAUACUUGGCAGGACAUUCUCAAGAACAUGACCGGAACGGACAAAAUGGAUGUUGGGCCCCUGUUGAAAUACUUUGAGCCGGUCACUAGAUGGCUGGCAGAGCAAAACAAAAACAAUGGAGACAUACUUGGCUGGCCAGAAUUUACAUGGACACCCCCUAUUCCUGAUGGAUAUCCUGGAGAUAUUGAGAAAAAUGCUAAUGAGAGGCAGGCGGAAGAUUUCCUAAGUCAGUACAACUCUACAGCAGAGGUGGUGUGGAACGCAUAUACCGAAGCUUCAUGGGCCUAUAACACAAACAUCACCGAUUACAACAACAAAGUUAUGCUGGAAAAGAACCUGGCGAUGUCUAAUCACACUCUACAGUAUGGGAGGCAGGCAAGGAACUUUGAUUACAGUGAUUUCCAAAGCGCAGAGACCCAACGUCUACUGAAGAAGCUCAGUGACAUUGACAAGGCUGCUCUGACAGAAGACGAACAGAGACAGUAUAAUGAAAUAGUCUCUGAUAUGGAAACCAUCUAUAGCAAGGCUAAAGUAUGCAAGAACGACAACUGUAUGCCUCUUGACCCAGAUCUAACGGAACUAAUGGCCAAAUCCAGAGACUACGAUGAACUGUUGUUUGCCUGGAAAGGCUGGAGAGAUGCAUCUGGCAAACAGAUGCGCAGCAAAUACACGGAAUAUGUGAGGCUUGGGAACAAAGCAGCAGUACUGAAUGGUCAUGCAGACAAUGGAGCCUAUUGGAGAUCCUGGUAUGAGACUCCAACUUUGGAGAGUGAUGUUGAAAGGCUUUAUAAUGAGUUGCAGCCUCUGUACAGCAACCUCCAUGCCUAUGUGCGCCGGGCUCUCUACAAGAAGUAUGGGGACAAGAAAAUUAAUCUGAAGGGGCCGAUUCCUGCCCACCUGCUUGGGAACAUGUGGGCACAGUCUUGGUCGAACAUAUAUGAUCUUGUUGUCCCCUUCCCCAAUGCGGCACAAGUUGAUGCUACCCCUGAAAUGAUUGCUCAGAAGUGGACCGCUAAGAAGAUGUUUGAACAAUCGGACAAUUUCUUUAUAUCUCUAGGCCUUCUCCCCAUGCCACCGGAAUUCUGGGAAAAAUCCAUGAUUGAGAAGCCUUCUGACAGAGAUGUGGUUUGUCAUGCAUCUGCCUGGGACUUCUAUAACAGGAAAGACUUUAGAAUUAAGCAAUGUACAGUAGUCAACAUGGAUGACCUCAUCACAGUACAUCACGAGAUGGGACAUGUUCAGUAUUUCCUACAGUACAAGGACCAACCAGUGACAUUCAGGGAAGGAGCUAAUCCCGGGUUCCAUGAAGCUAUCGGAGACGUGUUGGCUCUGUCUGUUUCCACACCAAAACAUCUCCACUCUAUUGGCCUUUUAAAAACACUUGAAGAAAAUACAGAAAGUGACAUCAACUACCUUAUGAGCAUUGCUCUAGAUAAAAUAGCCUUUCUGCCCUUUGGAUACCUGAUGGAUCAGUGGCGUUGGAAGGUGUUUGAUGGAAGAACCCCAGAAUCAGAGUAUAACCAACAGUGGUGGAACCUCAGGCUGAAAUAUCAGGGGUUGUGUCCUCCAGUUUUCAGAUCUGAAGAGGAUUUUGAUCCUGGAGCCAAGUUCCACAUCCCAGCCAAUGUUCCAUACAUCAGGUACUUCAUCAGUUUUGUCAUUCAGUUCCAGUUCCAUAAGGCUUUAUGUGCAGCUGCAGGUCAUACUGGACCUCUUCAUAAAUGUGACAUCUACCAGUCAAGGGAGGCUGGAAAAUUACUUGGAGAUGCCAUGAAGUUGGGCAAUAGCAAACCUUGGCCUGAGGUGAUGAAGGCAAUCACUGGAAAUACUAGUAUGUCUGCUGAGCCCCUUGUGGAAUACUUUAGACCACUGUCCGCUUGGUUGGAAGAGCAAAACAAGAACAACGGUGAAACUCUUGGCUGGCCAGAAUACAACUGGAGUCCAGAAUGUUUCAAGAACAACUGUGAUCACUGUCCCCGUCCCAAGUGAGACAUUUGCUCCAGGAAGUCAGAUUUGCAGUCGUAUAAUGGAGAAGAAAAGCAUCAGGGAGACGCUCCUUGAUUACAAGGUCCCUAUGGAUAGAGUUUUCCAUUGCUCUUUAGUAACCAGGAUCCUAAUACCAUAUGCAGGUCUGCAGGGAAAACUGAAUACAACAGAAUCUUGCUUUUCUGUUAAGACUGAUUUUCUCACAUCCUUUUUAUAUAGUGGACACAAAUACAGUUGUAUGUAUUUAAUGCCUAGUCAUUCCUAAAGUAUUCAGGUAAAGUAGAAAUGCUUAAUAUUUCACACAUUUCCUACCAUUCUAUUAAAUUCCUAAAGGCAAACUAGCAAAGUAUAAAAUACUCCCUUCCAGAGGUUGUACAGGUACAUCACCAUAACACACCUGAGGACAAUACUGGUCUCUUUCUCUUGUUCUCAGUAAGACAGUUCUUUUGUUCUGCUAUUUUAUAACUAAAAGUGUACUUUAUAAAGGACCUAUGCCCAAACUAUGAAGUGCUCAUUUGUGAGAAUCCAACCCCUAUAAUGUCCCCCCCUAAUGCCUGGGCCCCUCAUAUAGGUUAUACUUACCCUGAUCCCUGGCACUUGCGUUGCUCCUGAUGCCCGCAUGGCCGCUGCUGCAUCUCCCCGUUGCGGGGGGCACAGACAAUAGCAGGCCUCGACAGGGCAAGCCUCCCUAGCAUCCCCUUUGCAGUCUGCCCCAUCUCCCGUUGCUGGAUGAUUUCAUCCGUGCGAAGGGGAGAUGCAGCGGCGGCGGGCAUCAGAAGCAUUGCGGAUGCCAGGGAGCGGGGUAAGAAUAACCUAUAUGAGGGGGUUGUAUAACCCCUUUAAUUUUUUUCCUCUUGUUUUUCAUUAAGAACGUUCUAUUCUUCUGCUUUUUGAUAAGUGUAGUUUAUUUUGCAUUUCGUUUAUUUUAAGUUUCAUUAUUUAAUG